GCUAGAAGCAGUAUAAGGGUACUCGUUAAUGAUCAAAUGAAGAACCAGUUCAUCUAGCUCAAGUUUUUGAAGUAGAGACAGCAAGAGUCAAAAUAUGAGGAACAAGAACUCAAGAUCUUCUCCUUCGCUUGCUGCAUGCUUCUUGUUGUGGUUCUUUUCAUCGGGUAGCUACUUUGUCGUCCACGUGAUAGGAUUAAGGCUUCCCCUAAUCCAUCCCUGUAGACAUCCCUCAAACAUAUGCGCCCCAAUACAAGGGAGAUACUGACGCAUAUGCUUGAGGGAUUUCCACAGGGAUGAAUAGGGGAGAGCUCUAAUAGGAGGACAGGGAAGCGAUGACGCGUACUUGCGCAUACUUGACGAAGAAACCGAAGAUCCUGGACGCAGAUCAUCUAGAGGAUCUUCGGGUUCUUCGUCAAGUAUCAUCAGAUCAUCUGAGGAGCAGGAACAUCAAUCGGAGAAAGAUGGUCCUCAUGAGGAUGAUUCUAGUACAACACUGGGUACACUGGACCAUGAUCAUGAUUGUGAGCAGGAGGAGGAACAUCAAUACGGUCGUGAGGAGGAGGAGGACCAACUACUCCUACAUGGAGAGGACGAAACGGUCGCUUUGCCGCAUUUGAUAAUACCAGAUUUAAGACUUGAAGAAAUCCAUCUUCACAGGGGAAGAUUCUAGGAUGCCGUUUCCAAGGGGGAGAAGGUUCUAGGAUGCUUUUCAAGAUGGAUUUCUCUUAGUUCUAACAGAUCCCGACUACGUCCACACCGGAUCGAUUUCAUAUUACCGCUUUGACCGGGAACAAACAAGCGCUGCGUCUUCACUGUACAAGCACAAGAAUGCCCAUGAAGUCCGCUUCACGUCGGCGCCGAACAAAGGGUCACGACCUCUGACGAGCAGGAGCGAUGCCGCAAGGGGUCGUUCAAUGAAAUUGUGCAGAACAAAGACAAAGCAACAGCUGGAAGCUUCUGAAGCUUCUGUAGAUGGAGGGGCUACAAAAUCUGCAGACGAAAGUGCAACUCGUCCUGAAUGGUCCGAUCAAUUAGCCAUAGAAGAGAACAACAGAAACAGUCCUCCUGCACAACCAGUUCCUCCAGCACAACCAGUGCAUUAUUCCGCCAAUCUCGCACGAUACGCUUUUACGAAGAAGCAGGUGCUUCCUAUGCUCUACGGAUUGGCCGAUGACCGAUGGAGCCGACAUCGGCGGACGAUGAACAAAUUACACUGUGCGCCUUUUGUGCUACAGGCGUUAGAGCUGUUUCGGAACAUAACAGACUAUUUUCUGGAUCUUGGUGGCGACUUGGGCGAUUGCUCUAUGGCUGCUUUCUGGCGACAACUGACAAGGCGUGGAACAGUAAAUAUUGACGGCAGACCGCCAGUGCUACGAGCGUUUCGGCGAACGAUGCAAUUCUAUCGUGGAAAAACAGCAUCAAAAAGCCUUGGCGAUGGCGGGAGGUCUAGUUUAUGACUUGGAGUUUCCUCUCUCUCGCGAUUCCCGUCGUGAUCAUGGCGGGUCUAGUUUAACUACUUAGCAUCUCAUCUUGAGAUCAUCUCGCAGUUGUUCCAUUUCUUUGAAAUUUGAGAAAAGCAGGUAUCGAAACCUCUGUUGCAACAGCAAUGUAGAGUCUUUAUUUUUAUCACGUAGUAUCACUUCCGCUUCAUGAUCUUUGAUAUCUUGCUAGUUUUAUUUUCCCUCGCCUUACGUUAAUAUGAUGGUGUACUUGAUACUACACCUCGACUUGCUUCAAAUUCAAUUUUUGGGGACAGACCUCGAAGAUGUCGAAACUCCACUUUUCCUCUCAAGAACAAACGCUUUGGGAAGGGUACCAUCGGAAACUACAAGUACUAGCUUGAAGAUAUUAACUACUACACCGCAGCCACUGCGUGUUGACCAUCGGAUGUGGCGCGCCCAGGCUGACUUCUCUCACCGCGCGAGUGGCUGGUCACGCGGCUUCCGAUUUUUUUCGGUGGAGGACGAAGAGGUUCUUGCAUCGGCUUUUUCCUCAAGAGACGAGGAAGUAGAGGCCCCAUCCCGCUGGCUCGCAGAGCACUAUGCCGACGGAGGUUCUGAAGACGUUGUCUUACCUAACGUCACAUCAACUACACCAAGUUCUUCGUCUUCCUCUUCAAGCAAGAGGAACAUGUUGCUGAAGCAAAACAGCUACGUCGUAGCAGGUGGCGCGUAUAUCCUGGGCAGUCGGGAGCUUGAGGGACAGUGGAGGCGCUUCCCAGCACCUGGAGAGUGCGGUAGCAGUAGUUAUCAGGAUGUCACCUGCCUAAAGGAAAUGGCAUGCGGGGAGACGGCGAACCGGUUUCAUGGUACGUGCCCCUUAGACCGUUGGAAGAGGUGCGAUGAUGAAGCUGUCGGAACAAAAGAUGAUUAGGGGUUGGAAGUUGACCUAUCGCUAUCAGCUCUAAGUUGACCUAUCGCUAUCUUCAUCUAAGGGCAUCUCUACAGCUUCUUCAACUAGGAAAGGAAUAGAUAUGCGAGCUAGAGGCGGCAACUUGCAAUCCCUAAGAUGAAGCCAUAGCCCAGGACGAAGACCACAGACACAGGAUGAGAACACUCGUUUCUGCUCUCCAAGACGACGACUGCGUAGAGGUUGCUUCGGUUCAAAGGAUUGUAGAGAAGGUGUUAGCUGUUGAACAACGAGCAGUGGAGCCCUCAACAAAAGGAUUUAGUAUUGCAAGCACCUCCGGAUUGACAAGCUUCGGUCUACGGCUGAAACUUACGGGGAGCAACAUUGCUCCAAUCAUACGAGAUUUGCCGUCUAGUCUGCUCAACUGCACUGCACUUAAGGCUUAUACCUUAAUUCAGCACACCACGAUAAUAAAGGAUCAUUUAAGAAGCAUAAUAUUACUUAGGGGAUCAACAUUUAUAAUGAUGGGGGUCGAUAAUUCAUCUUAAGCAGCAUCUCUGGCCUCUUUUGCAAGGGACACAGGCGUCAAAGAUGCUUUUCCAGAUGACUAUAGGCAAGGUCUAAUGCACACCACGAUAAUAAAGGAUCAUGCCUACGCUGGCUUUCAUUGGAAGACGUAUCGACGGGAAACAGAGAAGAAUUCAAAGCCCUCGUGCGAAAGCUGUUCGUGGAGCAGGAUUUUGUUUAUGCUCUGUGCUGGCAGCCAACUAAGCUGUCAGGUUGUCCUAAGUGAAAGUUCGUUGUCUAAGUCUCUCGCUUAGGGCUAGUUCGUGUUAAGUUGUAACUUUUCACAACAUACGUAACCGCGCCGCUUCUCCAUUCCAGUCUUUGCGUGAGAUAAGAGCAUAAACAAAAUCCUUCUCCGCGAACAGUCUGUGCGAAAGCUGUUCGUGGAGCAGGAUUUUGUUUAUGCUCUUGUUGAAGCGUAUAGUAUAGGACAACAACUUCUACUAAGGACCUCCACUAUAGUUUCUUGGAUCAUCAACAUUCAUACUGAGUACAUAGUUGGGGAUGAGAAGAAGUUGAAGUAGUUUUUUUUGAAAUUCGUAAUUUGUUGUAAGUCAACGCAGGGACUACUUGUAUUACUUUUAACAAAUAGGUACAAUUCUAAGUCCUCAUCUUGCGACACCGAAGCGUGCGUGUGAGUGUGCCCAGUAUGCCGUUACAGUGCAGCGCUGAGCGAGAUCCCUCCAAGUGUGCUUUUCGUGAUAUCUUGGCGAUCAACUGUGCUGAUGCGAUCUCGCCUGAAGCAAGUAGUAUAGGAACAAGCAGUGCAACAUCUGGAUUUGCCAAAUCUUCAAAUAGAAGCAAAAAUUGGGGUUUAGUAGCCAGCUCAGAAAAGCUUUUGCAGAUAGCACAACAAAAUGGUGCGAAACUACCGAAGCAUGCACCGAACGCGACAGCUUUACAGCGAUUGGCAGCGAGGGCGAAGGCGAUACACAAACACGGCACAAUUUCGAGUCAAGAAGAACUUCUUAGUACAGCAACCACGAAUACUCAGCCAGAGUCAUCGGUGGUAGACAGCACAAUCUCAGAGUUCGAUGAUGUUUUCUCGAGCGCUGCUGAGGUCUUAUGGAGUCGGUGCUUUCGCGCCAUUCCUAGUCUUAGAGCCUUGAACCGUCUAGACUGGAAGGCAAAGAAGUCUCUUGUUCCAUCGGCUCUUCCCGGAGACGUUUUUAGCUAUGCGGGAUUGCCUUUUGUUACUGUCUAGCCGCGCUUAGGAACCUGAAGUAGAUAUUAUAACGAUAUUUUUAGGAGCUCCUGGUCCUGAGAAAAGUGUUCUCCUCGUG